ACCAUUGUUUACACCGCAGGUACACCGCUUGCAAGUGCAAGUUUUAAUUUAAACAAAGUUGUCGCAAUUCUCGUACCUAUAUUUAUCUCGCGACUUUGAGUACAUAUUAAGCAGUUUUACUAAUUGAACUUUAACUGGUCUGAAGAUAAUUAUUCAUGGUUACAAAUCUCGGUGAAAAGUGACCAAACUCCAAACUCUGAAAGGUACCUACCUAGCACACACCAUCCAAAGGACUUCUAAAAGAGUUACACCUUUAUGCUCUGACCCCAUUUGCCUAUCGAACAACUAGUUGCAGCACAGCUGUCUAACUCAUUCGCUCAUUAGGAUCUGCAGUUUGUUCACUAACGUUUGCCCACCACCAACUAAUAAAUAUAUGCUAUCAAACUACAUUGGACUCAAAUUAGAUAUUAUUAUAUCAGUUUUACCACCUACUGAUACACAAUAUAGUUUCUGUCAAUUCCUCACCGUGUCAUCGUGGGACGCAUCAUCUCUCCGAAAAAUUAAAAUAUGUAACUAAGUAGAUUAUGAUGAUUUGUGUUGAUCAACAUUGCACUCCCUGCGUUUUCAAAAAUUACAGCAUGCAGCAAACCUGACUCCUCUAACAAUUCCGAUGGUUCUGUAGAAAAAUGUGUUUUGAGAUGAAUCAUUAAUUAAUACUCACAAUUAUGGAAGGAUAAAGUAACAACAGGAUUGAUUUUUGGAGGGAAAAUCCAGAUAAGAUCAGCUCAAAAAAAUAAACCGUUGAGAGUAUUGUUUCCGCCAUGCAUUCUGCUAGUAAUUCACAAACUUCAACACCUCAGGCAACAUCAGACAGUUCGUCACGAAACUUUCUAAAUAAUACAAUGAAUCAUGGAAACAGUGAACCUAAAACUAAAGACAAUAUGCCGGCAGAGGAUGUAUUUCCGAAUGUCAGAGGAGAAUCGCUUACAUUGAAAGAAUCCGAAAACCCCCAAGAGUACAAUGGUCUCAAAGGUAGUCAUGAGAUGAGUCAGAGCUCAGGAUCAACCAAUGCGAUAGAUAAAAAAUUGAUGUCAAAAGAAGGUGUUUCUCUAAAUGUACCAGAACAUUCCAGGAAAAAAAUUGUGAAUGAACUAGCUCUUAAUGAUAAAACAGGACUCAGACUAAAGAAGCUAAAAAAGAAGACUUUGAAGAAUUCGCUAUUGCGAACAGAUAAGAAAUCUCGAAGGAACGCAAGUCCCUCAACAUAUGCUUUGCAUAAGUCCAAGUCAAUUCUCAACAGUUCCACUAAAGAAAGUGGUCAAAUGAGCAGGCGAACUCGCUGCUCUUACAAUCCUACUUUUGCUCAAAAGCAGAAAAACUUCUUGGCCAUGGUAUCUUCAUCUAUGAAUGAGGAAGAUUCGCAGGAUAUUGCGUAUGAAAAUUCAGGUAAUAUGGAGAUUGAAAGUGAGUAUAAUGAUAGCAGUGUGAGUGCUGUUUCUGAAGCAACGACUGAAGAGGAUAACAAACGUAUUAAAAGCGAUGGCAAACCUCUCGCAAUAGGAAGGCCUCGUGGGCGGCCAAGGAAGAAACCGAUUGAUGCUAGGCAAAUGGCAUUGAAAAUGCAUCGAAGGAAGAGUUCCAGAUUCGAUAUGCCGCGCAAGAGUAAUCUUUCUGAAGUAGCAGUGUCACAGGAAGACACGUUCAUUGUUGACGGCAAGGAUCGUUUCUGCUGGGUAUGUCAUCUUGUUGACACACAUCAUGUCUCCAGACACUGUGUCACCUGUCCAAGAGUUUUUCAUCUACGGUGUAUCAGGGGCCAGACGGAUACAGCAGAAACAAGUAAUUGGUCCUGCCCAGAAUGCACCCUUAGCCUUAAGAUGGAGUCUUUUGAAAACCAGUCAGAGUCAAUGAAACUUAUAUCAGCUGAUGAAUUUUGCUCUCUUCUCACAAGGACAAUUGAGUUUCUUUCAUCGUUACCAGGAGCGGACCUUUUCACAGAGCCUGUAGAUCUUAUUGAGUUCCCUGAUUAUCGAGAUCAUAUCGUGAACCCUGUCCAUUUGGGCCAAAUACAAGCGAAUAUUGACAAUAAAUUUUAUGGAUCUACUGAGUCAUUUAUUGCUGAUAUCAAAUGGCUGUAUCACAACAGUAUAAUAUACAAUGGGUUGAAUUCAAGCUUAACAGCUGUUGCCAAGUCUAUUUUGGUUCGAUGUAAGAGUAAAAUGAACCAGCUGGAGCGAUGCGUAGAUUGUUUCAAGAAGUCUUUUGAGUACAGUAUUUCUGAAAGUUUUCUAGAACCUUGUCGGCAACCUCAUCUGUUGGUUUGGGCCAAAUUCAAAGGCUAUCCAUUUUGGCCAAGCAAAGUAUUCCAUUGGAAAAUGGAUAACAAGAACAACUGCAUAGUUGAAGUCAAAUUUUUCAACGACUACAGCAGAGCAUGGGUUCCUGCCAAGUCCAUCUACCUAUUUAGCAAGACAAGUCCUGUAGAAGUACAUCUAGCCAACUCAAAAGACUUCAAAAGUUACCAAAAUGCCCUUGUUGAAGUUCAAAGGCAUGUUGGCCUCCUAAUGGAGCGGUUUAGAAAAUUUGUGUAUGCUCCCACCAAAACCGAGUUUAAUCCCGAUAACUACAAGGAACAUCUACAAUCAAUGCUGCCUGAGUAUGAUCCAGUGAAACUGCAAGCUCGAAACACCAUUGUUCCAGCCCUUAAGUCAACACCAGAGAACAAAAAGAGUGGAAACAAUGAGCAGGACUCUGUAGGUAAGAGACCAGCAAACCCGAAAAGUUUACCAGAUAAGAAAGUCAAGCGUUUGAAGACAAGCUCGAAUCCUGAUUCCGAUGUCGGCCAUUCCGGUUCGGACACAGAGGGAAUGAUAAAACAGCCAAAAAUCACACUGAGAGAAUUAGACAAUGAUAUGCUUAAUACAAGUAGGAUAAAACUCGUCCAGAAAAGAAGUGAAAGCACGGAUACCAAGGAACCUGAACUCGUUGAAAAGCAAAGUAUUCCAAAUAAAGAGAUUCCAGAAGUCAAAGGAGUUCUACCUACUCAAAAGAAGGACUCGACAUUACUUAAAAAAAUGCUUUUGUCAAAUUCAAACGACUUUAAAUUGAUCAUGAACCCUGGUAAAUCCAUUAAGCAAAUACUUGAUCCAAUACUUGCAGAUCACCUGAAAGUGUCGGAAACUACUGUUCAUACCCCCAAUAGCGACUCCAACAAAAAGUUUCUUCUGUCCUUUUUGAAUGAUACUCCAGCUCAUGAGAGACCAAACCUUGAUAACUCCCCAAAGAAGACCGAGGAUGAAUGUUUCAUGACUGAAAAGCCACAAUCGCCAAUUGAAAAAACCUCGCAAGACAUGGGCAGCACAAAGUUUGACUACUCUGAAUUCCAAACUGUGGAAGCCAUAUCAAAUACGUCAGCUAAAUCGCAAAAGUCUUCGACAAAAAAUUCACCACAAAAAGAUUCUGUGAAUACGAAUUUAAACCCUGCCACUAGAAUGAAUCGAGCCUCUAAUAGUCGAGACUCCCCGGCAAUAUCAAGUCCAGAGGAAGAGGAAUUAAAUUUUAAUGAUUUAUCCGAAAGACCAAUUGGAUUGGAGACUGAAGCUCGUAGUUUGCGAGUAAAUCCUACUACAUUUGAUCAUGAAGGCAGUGCCACAAGAUUAUUCAAUUAUUCCGUCCAACAGUUAGUGCCACUUGUCUCUGAAGCACUAAGUGGUAUGAUGAAGAAGCUGGCAAAUGCUGGAAAUAAAGAUGCCCUCAUUCAAGUUCUGCGUUUAGAGUUAGAAGAGAUCCAACAGAAACAUGUGCAAGAAAUAAGUAGCCUGAAGCAUGUGAUGAACCAACAAUUCUUGGAAUAUGCUCAUACAAGUGAUAUCAUAAGGAAACAGACAGAGCAGAAAUGGAGCAAAAAAGUUGCUGAGUUGGAAGAGUCCCUUAAAAAGGAGCAAGAGAUCCUCAAAAAGGAGCAAGAAAUCCUCAAAACUGAAAGAGAAACUUGGAGGAAGAAGGUAAAUAACUUAACUGCAGUAAUACAAGAGCUUAGCUCUCCUCCUGAGGAAUCUGGAAACCAAGAGUAAUGCCCUCCCAUGUAUACUUUUGUACUAAAGUGAACGUCUCAUUGUAAAGAUAAGUCUUUAUUAAGAUUUUUUCGUAUAUUUUUUCAACAUAACAGAUUUCUAUUCUUUUAAGUAUGAACAUAAGGUUACACUGAGUUCAAUUCAAUGUUCUUGAAUUGUUCUUAUAUUAAUGUCAUAGUUCCUCCUUUUUUGCUUCCCAGUUUUUUCAUAAUGCAUGUAUACAAUUUGGUAAACCGAACAUUUGAUGGCCCUUUCUACUAAAUUUAAAAACAAGCCUUUACUCUUAUUUUUUUCUUGAUUGACAUUUUGAAUGAAUGUAUCAUUUUU